CCGUCACCUCCGUUAAGCCUAACCCCGUUUACGCGCCCUCCUCUUCUCUUCUCUUGUUUUGUCUUGUCUUCCUUGACGCUUCCAAGCUUGCUUUUUCACUUACUUUUCCUUGCAAUUUUUUGGCCUUCUCGAUCACCAACCACCUCCACUCCUCUCGCUCGCCGCCGAACUGGCGUUAGGGCUGCUCGAAUUCUCUCCCUCCCCAGAUUAGGGAUUAGGAAGAGGAGAUGGUUGAAAUCUUGAUUUCCGGAAUUUGUUGAGGUAAUUCGAGGUCGACCAAACAAGAAAAGCAUGUAUUUAUGACAGUUUCUAUAAGAACAGCAGAGUCGAAUUUGUAUCAUGUGGCUCAACUGAGAAUAAAGGGGUCAGCACGUCGGCCUUCUACGUCAUUCAUCUCAUCUUCCAGUAAUUAUGAGUCAGUAAGAUGAAGUGGGAAGUAUUUAAAUGGAAAACUGCAAGAAACUGAUGGCCGAUGGUGGCAUUGAGAAAAGGGAUGAGGCAAGAAGUGAUCAUCUUCGCCUCAAUACUAAAGAUCAAUUAUCUGCAAAGGCUUUCUCAAAGGAAGAAAAGGAAAUUAACAGCUGCAGUAUGUUACUCUUCAUUAGAUCAUGAAAAGCCACUUCUAGUCAAGAUUUCAGUACUCAGAACUGCAAUCUAGUUCUCAAACAAUAAAAGGUUCAAAAGCUUGGAGAAAAGAGUGAAUAUCGAUAGUCUCUGCUCCAAGAAGUCAUAAUGGAUGACUUGAUUGAUUCUUUCAUGUCAUCUCCAGCAUGGUCAGACAGAAAUGCCUCUUCAAAGGCAUCAUGGAAUGGCACAAGUGUAUCUCAUACAAAUGGCUUACUUGCUGAUUCUACAGAACCAUAUGGAGAAGCAAAAAACCCGUCUGUUUGCAUGGUGCCUUCAAGUAACAUUAUAGGCAAUGCAGCUGCUGAAGAUUUAAAUGUGCAUGGGCAUGAUGGGACUCCUUCCAUGUUCAUAGAUGGGAGUGUGAAUUAUGGAAUUCUUAAAGAUUUGUAUUCUGGUGAAAGAUUAUCUCACCAGAAUUUACAUAAUCAAACCUCCAAUUCAAUCUCAAUGAAUAAUGGGACCCGAGUUAGAACUUUCCCGUUACUGGGGGUCACUGGUAGUAACCAAACAUCUGCAUCAUUUGAAUCAGCAUUGCCACGUGGCACACUGGCCAUAUCCAGUUCAAUCGAGAGCAACAGUAGUGAACUAUCUGCUUUUCCACAAUCUCUUGGAGAUGCCCAUUCAAUUAACUCAGUUCCGACAAUAUGGCCUUCAUCAUACUCAAGUGUCUCUUCUUUUGUGGGGCAUGGAAACUCACCAGCUUUUGGUUAUCAAGGAAAUGAAAACAAUGAUUAUGUAUUGGGAAAAUUAAGUCUUGAGAAUGGGAAAUUUCAUGUGGACAGAUUACCUCCAGAAUCCGUGCAUGCUAAGAAUCAAAAUGAAAUACGUGACUUUUCUUCUUUCUCUGUGGGGCAACAUAUGAAUUUGAUUGCUGGUGCUUUGCUCCCACAAAAGGAGCAAAAUGGGUUGCAUUCGCCCUCUUUUCCUUCAGGAUCAUGUAUGAUGGCAGUAAAUAAAAUGGCAGGAAUACAGACUCCUCAGCAGCUAUCACCAUCAUCUGAAAGGCAUACUGCUAGCCAUCAGAUAAACAAUACUUCCAGUACGCCGUCACUAGCUGUUUCAGCUAAUGCCAGUGGUUGCAAUGGAACUGCCAAGCCACGUGCAAGAGCACGACGAGGCCAAGCCACUGAUCCUCAUAGCAUCGCAGAACGACUACGGAGAGAAAAAAUUGCAGAACGGAUGAAGAAUUUACAAGAGCUUGUCCCCAGUUCCAAUAAGACAGAUAAGGCAUCAAUGCUUGAUGAAAUCAUUGACUAUGUAAAAUUUCUGCAAUUGCAAGUCAAGGUUCUCAGCAUGAGCCGGCUCGGUGCAACUGGAGCAGUUGUUCCUCUGCUGACAGAUACUCAAACUGAGGUUUCUGGCAGUUUGCUUCUGUCAUCAUCGGCAGGGCAGGGAGGUUCUGAUAUAUCCGAGUCAGAGGACAGCUUGGCCUUCGAGCAGGAAGUCGUAAAGCUCAUGGAAACUAAUGUUACCACUGCUAUGCAGUACCUUCAAAACAAAGGACUCUGCCUCAUGCCCAUCGCUCUUGCCACCGCAAUCUCGAAUCAGAAAGGCUUCUCCACUGCUAUACCACCCGACCGAAGAAAACCUAUAAUGAGCCAUGGAAUGGCACCGCUGAGCCACAGUUCCAUGGACAGGAAUUGCAACAAAAACGAUGUCACUGGCUGCAAUGGAACCAUUGUUAAACAAGAAGCUCGCGAAUCAAAUGACAAAACAAGAGAGUUGGAUCACGAGGCGAAGUAGCUAGCUCACAUGGCCUGUUAUUCCCCUUUAUUUUCAUCUGAUUAAUUUGCUAGUAGAUAUUUUAGUUUGAUAAUGGAAGUGUUUUUGGUUGUCUGAGACACUGAUGUAUAGGCUUCCCUGUUGAGGCUGUCGACUGGAGAAAUAUUAGCACACCAUGCACGUAAAAGUUUAGUCAUACAUGUUUUUGUGUGUAAAGCAGCCAAAAUUUGCUUGUAUUGACCAGAUUAAUUUCUUGAGCAGGUAAAAAGGUAAGCUUAAGAAACAA